AUGGAUUUAAAAAGGUGGAAAAGGUUUGGCAAUGCCUUAGAGGACUACUAUAAGGUCUUUGGCCCUGAAAAAAUCCCAGUCACAGCAUUUUCUUAUUGGAAUCUCAUAAAAGAAUUAAUAGAUAAAAAGGAGGUGCCUACUCAGGCUGCCAUAAAGCAGACUGAGGACAUCUUGAGGGGCAACCCCUCCGCUAAACCCGAGGGGGCCCAAUCUGCAGAGAUUGAUCUCAUUUCGCUCAACAGCGAUGAGGAAGAGCAAACCAAAACACCCAAAGACAAGCCCAGGGACGAUCCGCAGCCAGCUCCCAAAAUUUCCGAUCCUAAAAUGGAGGCUGGUGGUGACACGCCUGUUCGCCCACGCCGCCCUCCCUAUGCACUCCCCUCGGCCCCUUCAACCCUUGAGGCCUUUCCCAUCAUCCCCCCUACUGAUCAUCUUGAGGCCGAGAUAGAUCAAUUGCAGCGCGGCAUUAAUCUUGAGCGCUGCCGCCAGGCCCUAGUCGAGGAGCUUCAAUGGCUCUCUGUUCAGGAUCCUCUGGAUCCUACAGGGUCAGUGAUUAAAGAACUUGAGACUGCAGUCUCUCAGUAUGGAGCCACAGCCCCCUACACCCUGGCCAUCCUGGAAGGGGUGGCUGAGCAGUGGUUGACGCCCAUUGAUUGGAAUACCUUAGUGCGGGCGGUUCUUAGCGGAGGUGAUUAUUUACUGUGGAAGUCUGAAUAUUCUGAAAAUUGCAAAGAAACUGCAAAAAGAAACCAUAGAGCAAGGAAUGGGUGGGACCUUGAUAUGCUCAUUGGCGCUGGAGAGCAUGACUCCACUGAAAUGCAGAUGUUAUAUGAGCCUGGCCUGUUUGCUCAAAUCCAGGCAGCAGCCAUAAAGGCCUGGAAAAGGCUCCCUGAUAAAGGGGAUGCAGGGGCAUCCCUCACCACUGUAAAACAGGGCCCUGAUGAACCUUUUGCUGAUUUUGCCCAUCAGCUCAUUACCACAGCCAACAGACUGUUUGGCAGUACUGAGGGCGGGCUCGAAUAUACUGUUAAACAAUUGGCCUACGAAAAUGCCAAUCCCGCCUGCCAGGCUGCCAUUCGGCCCCACAGGAAAAAGGCUGAUCUCAAUGGCUACAUAUGGCUGUGCUCGGACAUCAGCACUUCCUAUCAACAGGGACUUGCAAUGGCCGCAGCCUUCAGCGGCCAAACGGUCCGAGAUUUCUUGGCUAAUAAAGAUAGACCCAAGCAAAAGGGAUGCUUUAAGUGUGGAAAGCCCAGACAUUUCUCUCGGGAUUGUAAACAGGCACAGGAGGGCAUAAAGGGCAAUGCUGAUAAAACGCCAGGCCUCUGUCCCCAGUGCAAGAGAGGGAAACAUUGGGCAAAUGAAUGUAACUCCAAAACUGACAUCCAGGGGACCCCUCUGCCUCCACGCCAGGGAAACGGCUAG